UAUAGGAAAGCAUCUGAGCCAAUUUCGCUUUAUGCUAAUUCCAGAAUCGAAACCCUUCUCCCUAAGCUCGUCAAAUCAUCACACCUCGCAGAACCGUGAAGAAGAAGUGGGGGGAGAGAGAGAUUGUGGGAGUACCUGAAAAAGGAAAAUAGUAGAAAAAAUGCCUCUGACUACAGUUGUGGAAGCCAAGGCGUCCGAUUUCGAACUGGUAUUUGAGAAGUUUAAGGAGGACAACUCGGUAAUCAAGCUGCUUCUUUUCCUGGCUGAUAAAGAUCCCUCUACCGAACUUAGCUGGUGCCCUGACUGCAAUGUUGCAGAGCCAGUGAUCUACGAGAAGCUCUCGGCUUCAGCAAGCGACGUUGCGAUUCUGAAAGCAUUUGUAGGUGAUAGACCCACCUGGAGGAAUCCUAAUCAUCCAUGGAGAGUUGAUCCAAGAUUCAAGCUCAGGGGUGUUCCGACUCUCAUACGAUGGGAGAAUGAUACCAUCACAGGACGUUUAGAAGAUUACGAGGCGCAUGUUGGAAGCAAGAUAGAUGCUCUUCUUGCUGGCACUUGACAUUUCUUUCUUUUAAACCAGUAGCAGCUUUCAUAAACCUUCUCAGGAAUAAAUAUUUCUGUUGUUUGUGGCUGUUAUGUAUGUCCCAUUAUAUUACUGUUAACAACAGUACUUUCUUGAUUUCCUUGAAUGUUUAUGUUUUGGUAGAAUAUGUUGAAAGCUGCAUUUUAAGGACUCUUUUGCUGUGUAAGAGAUCAAAUGUACUGUAAAAUGCAAGCGUUUUCCGCAAUGUAUAAUUAAAUUAGAUUA